AUGAAAUAAAUUGUGAAAGAAUUGUCAAUGUUUAUUGAAAAAGAUGGGUAAAGAUUCAUAAAAGAAGGAAAAGCCCUCAUAUAAACUAAGAGAAUCGAAAAAAAAGAAGGCAAAUUGAUUGAAGAAGAAGUAUUCUACAAUCCUGCACAAAUCAUUAAUCGUGAUUUGACAGUAUUGGUAAUAGAUACUUUCUAAGAAAAUCGCUAACCAAUAACAAUUUUAGAUGCCUUGUCUGCUUCUGGGUUAAGAAGUGUUAGAUUUGCAUAAGAAAUAUAAAAUGUUAAAGAAAUCUACGCAAAUGAUCUUUCAUUAGCAAGUUUAGCAUUAAUUGAUGAAAAUAUAAAACUCAAUAAUGUUAGCAAUGUCAAAAUAUACAACAUGGAUGCAAACAAAUUAAUGAAAGAAGACAUUAAAUUUGAUGUGAUAGACUUGGAUCCUUAUGGAACAGUUUGUCCAUUCUUAGAUUCAGCCAUUCAUUCUUGUGAUGAUUCUUUAUUAUGUAUCACUUGUACAGAUAGCAGAGUAUUAUGUGGUCCUGAUACAUAAAAGUGUUUUGCUUAAUACGGUACAGCAAGAACUAAGAUGAAUUGUUUUGCUGAGAACGGAUUAAGAACAUUGCUAUAUACAAUCAGUCAAGCAGCUGGUAGACUAGGUAAAGCAAUAAAGCCGUUGAUUUCAUUUUAUGGAGAGUUUUACCUCAGAGUUUUUGUACAUGUAACAAAGGAUAAAGUUUAGACUCAUAAGUUAUUUUCUCAAAUUGGUAAUUUAUUUUUCUGUUAAUCUUGCUAAUCAUUUCAUGUUUAUCCUUAUGGUUAAAAGGAAGACAAAGGGUACAAAAUCAAUAAAAAACCCAUCCCAUCCAAAUGUGAGGUUUGUGGAAGUUCGUUCAAAAUUAAUGGUCCUGUAUGGAUAGACGAAAUAAAUAACAUUGAAUUUGUUAAGAAAAUGUUAACCAAUCUAGAAACUAGACAUACUCAUUUCUAAACAUUUGAUUAGAUAUAAGGAAAAUUGACAGGAAUUAUUAAUUAAAAUGAAGUUUCUUCAAAUCCCUAUUCUUAUAAUAUGACUUACUUGGCAUCUAAUUUGAAAUGCACAAAUAUCAGUAAAAAGGAAAUUUUUGCUGGAUUUCAAUCUUUGGGUUUCAAAAUUGCUCAAUGCUAUCUUCAAGUAGACCUCUAUAAGACUAAUGCUCCCAAUUAAGCAAUCUAUGAUAUCAUAAAAACUUGGAAAAAAAUUAAAUACGGUGAAAAUUAUCUAAAGAGUAUUCAAGAGAACACUCCAGCUUAUACAAUUUUGACUUCUGAAACAACUCAUACACCGGACUUUACAUUCAAACCUACUUUCAACUCUGCUAAAAUGUUCUACCCUAAUUUGGAAGGGUAUGGACCAAAAUCAAAAGCUAUUCAAAGGAAAAUCGUUGAAUUAGAAGAAGAUUAGGCAAUCAAAAAACAAAAAAUUGAUUGA